UUCUAGUGUGUAGUGUCAAGAACAGAAGUUAAAACCUUUACCCUUAGUUAGGCCUUAGAAAGUUUGAUUGUAGUUUAAGAAGAAAUCAAAGGACAAGUGAGCUCGUUAGAGACCUUUCGACUGAAGCAGUGUUUGGGUCUUUUGUUGAACUUCUGUCUGAUGUUGCGCAACUGAACAUGCUGAAAAACUAGCCACUGCUGCACUGAUCUGAAUCUGAUGACGAUCGAGCGCCUGCAUUCGCUCGCGGUCGCCUGUUCAUUGAACAAUCAUAUCAGCAAACGAACUAGCUAGACGAAGAAAAAUGAUGUUUCUAGGCAGAGGGAAGUCGCGACGAGCGAAUGUCAACCAUUUACAAAAUGCCUUUCAUCCAGUUCACGGUUUAGUCUGGUCCGAUGGUGAACAUGUAAACCUGUCUAGUAUCUCUGUGAAUCAAGAUGAAAUCACAGCAUGCCCACCUACUACCCUCGGGCAAUUCAACUCAGUGGAGCAGGUGGCAUGGAGUGGAGACUCAACUCAAUGCUUUUUGAGUGUGCAACACACAAGGUCUAUCACUUUAUGGAAAGUGCAACUUGACAAAUCCCAGAAAUUGAAACUCAGCAGAGUGAAAGAAAUUCAUGAAGAAGCAAUUCCCCAAGGUUGUAUGUGGCAUCCCACCACAGCACUUCUUCUUAUCCUAAGCAGGGACCAGCUUCUAUUAGUCGACCCAGAGAAAGAUUCAGUCAAGACUCUACCUUUAAACACACAUCAAAGAAUCACAGCAGGAGUAUGGUCCCUGGAUGGGUCAAAGGUCAUUGUUGCUCUUGGAUCAAAACUUAUUGUGUGUGAGUUAGAUGGCAACAAUCAGUUGGUGGUAGAUAAAACAAUACAGAAUUUCUCCGGACCAAUCAGGAAAAUAGUGUCAGUGACACCUGACAUUGUAGCAGUGACCCUUGACCUGCCAUUGGCGCGUUUGUUGAACCAAUCCAAAGAGGACAUGUUCGAAGCAACGCCGUUUGCAGAGUUCAUGAUUAAAAGCACUACAGAGGAUUGUCAUCAAUCAAAUGUCUUGCUUGAAAGCAGGUCAGAGGCGAACAGGUCAGAGGAAAACAGGUCGGAGUUGAAAGGUCAAAGUGAGCUGAAGUGCGUGGAUACUAUCAGUGGUGUAGAUAGUGCACUCACGAAAGAGAUUCUGAAACGAUCUGGCCCCAUUGAUGUCACUGCUUUGUUCCGCAGAAGAGGAGGCGGAAACCAGACAUCUGAUAAGAAGUCAGACUCAGACUGCCUGCGGACUCAAGAAGAGUCAUCCAAGUCAGGCGGAGAUUCUCACAAGGAGCAAGAAUCAGACUUGAGAUCUGCUGGAGACAAAGCGACAAGUAGGAAUGGUGAUUUGAGAUUGGCUGAUGGGAGGUCCGGUGAGGUGGACCUCGCCAAUCAGCCUGAAGCAGCAGAGACUAUAGAUCUAACAAGUCUAAGAGUGAAUCCAGUGGCACUUGGAGCCAGGCCGGAGUUGAAAUUAAAACAAAAGCAACAGGAGCCCAUAUCAGAAUCCUCUCAACUUGUAUUAGUCCAUCUCGGAAGAAACAGAAAUUUAAUCUCUGAAGACGCUGAAGAAAGCAUCAUCUCUUCCUUGAGUCUGCCUUGUAUUCUUAAUCCUGACCUUCUAGUUUAUCAGAGAUUGAGUGGUGUUCUAGUUGUUGGUAGUAACACUCAGACAAAAUCAUAUCAAGCAUCAGUGGAUCAGGGGAAACAACUAAGAGGAAGACAAACACUUGAUUUUAAUUUAUCGAACCACGAGAGACCCCUCGGUCUAUGCACAGUAUCAAACUCCAAGGAUCUUCUUCUGUUAACCGGUGAACAAUCCAGAGCUGCGGACAUCACAUUUCUUCCUUCGUCUAGGUCGUCCGAGUACCAGCUGAAGCUGCGGAAGGUCAAGUUGAAGUAUGAUUCUUCCUAG